UGUUCUUAUGGAGUUAACCAUAGGCUUAGCCUAAGCACGCGGCAUAACAAUGGCGGUCGUCCGAUAUCUAGGUCUUCUUCUAAUACUUGCGUUCUUUACAGGGCUGGGAAAGGGUGACAUUUGGGAGACAGCGGGUGACGAUACAUGGCUUAGUAAGCGCAUACAGAUAGCAGAGAGAGUUCCACCACAUAUGAUCACAGCACAAAGAAUUCAGCGAUUCUUUAUCAUCGAUGAACCCGACGAUCCGAGUACUCACCGAAUACUCCGUAGAGCACCCGAGUUUCCGGGAGCCAGUCGGACGAAGCGUGAUGUAAAAGCGUCGUUCUAUGACGUAAUAUUUGCAGUUGACAGCUCUGGGUCUAUAAAAGAGACAGGUUUUAGAGCGGGAAUAAGAGCAUUGCGUAUCCUCAUCUCACGCGCCAAGCCAACGACUAUCUACUCAGCAGUUUCAUAUUCUGAGCAUGCGCACAUUGAGUUUUCAUUCAAAAGUCCCAAGGAAGCCGUGUCGCUCCUACACAGUGCCCGUUUCCUGGGAUUCCGAACAAAUACCCAAGACGCAUUGCGGGAAUGCAGGAAUUUAUUCACCAAUAAGACAUCGGGAGUGCGCAUGCGCAGCCACAAGAGGGUGCUGAUUGUUACUGACGGGCGCUCAAAUGUUGAUAAAGAGCUGACUUUGUACCAGGCCUUCCAGCUUAAGCUUAUGGGUGUAGAGGUGUUUGUAGUCGCUGUUGGAAAGUACAUAGAAGGGAUUGAGGAGAUCUUAGGAAUGGCAAGUUCAUUUGAAAAGCACCUCUUUCGUGUCGAGUCACUUGCGGGAUUCGCGCGGGUCGUUAGGAUGAUUCCACCAUGGCCUUACCGCUCCCGAGGAAACUAAGAUAGAGUGACUGACCGAGACUAUGUGCGCUACUCAUUGCGUGACAUAUAUUAUAAUGGAAGUGUAUCGCGUGACCAAUUUUUCGUGCCAUAGGUAUUGCGUGACCAAUUUAGCUUACAAUAGGUAUUGCGUGACAGAGACUACGUCUGUUAUGAGUAUUCCGUAACAUAAGGCUACCAUGCGACUGUAGCCUAGUCAUUUGGCCGUUCUUACCCUUGCUUUUGUUUUUGUUUUUUCUGUACCAAGUAGGAGAUUAUCAUAUCAAGAAAAUUUAGCCAAAAAUUGUCGUUUUUCCCAGGCGCGGUCACUUCCAUAUAAAGAAACUAAUAUAUUCCUUAUUUGGAAAACCUGCACGGUUUUCCGUGCAGGUGCUUCGCAAACUUUGUAAAUUGUAUUCAGAAGGGAAAAACAGUGGCUGUGGCCAUCUUUAAUUAAUGGAGGAAGCCUCUGAAAAGAAACUAAAAUUCCUCGGUACCAGACCGCUAAAACGACAACGGUUCCUUCAUAUGAUUACAGUAAAUAACCAAUCAAUGGCGUAUGCGUUUGAAAAGCUCACACAAAUAGAUGACUGUUUAACUUUUUUCUACAUCAGCAACCCAAUGGUCCACGCUUGGGCGUAUAACACAUAGCGCAGACGUCAUUAUAUAAGCAGAAAGCUUACGGUCCCCACAGGAAUAAUGAUAUGGCGGGGGUUGGAUACAACCCCCGCCAUAUCAAAUGGGUUAUGCACAUGGCUUGUAGGGGAGGGGAGGGGGGCGGGUUUGACUCCAGGUUGUUGUCUGUAUGGGGUAGGGCAUGGUCAUUUCUGAUAUGCAUGUCUUUUCCAAUUAGGGUAGGCAUAUCAAUAUUUGGGUGACCUUAAAACCCGCUCGGUCAAUCUCUUGGAGGCCUGGGUCUAAGGACUUUAUAGGAUUAGUAAAAUAAUAUUUGACCAAGCGAGCAAGUUUUGCUUAAUAAUUUUUGCCUGGAGUCUCAAAUUUACAAAAAUCAGUAUUUUUUACCAUCAUAUCAAACAUAUUCCCCAAGGAUAGUUUCCUUCGUAUGUAUUGCCUUAUAUGGUCAUUGAUGCCCAUAUUUAGAAGAGCUAAAGUUUUCCCGCUCCCUGAUCUCCAGAAAAUAUGGUGAAAAAUGCUGAUUCCUGUCAAUUUGAGACUCGUGGCAAGAAUUUGUCCAAAAACACCUGACAGCUCGGUCAAAUUUUUAUCUCACUAAUCUUGAAAAGCCCUUAGACCCAGGCCUCCCAGAGAUUGACCGAGCGGGUUUGAAGGUCACCCAAAUAUUGAUAUGGUUUUCUGGAGAUCGGGGAGCUGGGAAACUUUAGCUCUUCUAAAUAUGGGCAUCUAUGCUCAUAUAAGGUAAUACCUACGAUGAAAAAUAUCUGUGGGGAAAAUGUUUGAUAUGGGCUACGAGCCCAUGUGCUGCCACCCAUGUACCAAAACAAGUGUGAUAUGUACGUGUUUUCCUGUAUAUAAAGAAUUUCCUCCGCCCUAUAGUUCGACAAAGUAAUAUAAGUUGAAGUAGGGAAGUUCGUUUAAAAAAACAUAUAUGCUCUACUAUUUUAUUAUAGCUCUUCUUAUACACACCCAUAUAGGUACGAACUGCUUCGCCUAGUAUGCACAUUAAUUAAUAAACGUGAGUUAGUUUGUGUGCACUGUCAGUGAAAAUGGGACCACAGACCAGCGUUUUCCCUGGAACUCGGUAAGGAUUGACGUCUUUAUCUCAGGAAAAAAAGUGCAGUUUUAAGUACCCGAUGUAUAGAUGUCUGGGUUAUUAUAGACAGAAAUGCAAAGCUCAGCUGUACUAGUGUACUUACUAUCGAUAGUAAGCAAGCAAGGCUCAGGCCUUUAAAAUGAAAAUCAAGCAAGAAAAGAGCACCGCAUUCGUCUUUGAAGAAAACAAUGAGAGUAGCAAAACUGACUGAUAAAAAAGAGGAACAAAGCCUCUCCCCACGCAUAUCAAUAAAAUUUAGC